AUGGCGAAACUGUCUACCAUAGCCCAGCCAGACGAUGGUGGGCUGCGAGAGAGAAAGGCCGUCAAGGGAGUAGAGACAGUCAAGUCGUCUGCCAUGUCUGAGGACGAUGGUGAUGGCGAUGGCGAUGGCGAUGGCAGCGAAGCGAAGAAAAAGACCAUCGGCCGAACGCCAGACGGGACAGUCUUUACUGUCCCGCAUACUCGCGACAUGGUGUCCCAGCUGCUCUCUCCGUCCGAGCCAAAGAACCUGUCAGACAUCCUCGUCCUCUCCAUCAUCGGCCUGCACAUCAUCCUGCUCUACCUGCUGCCCUCCCACUUCCGCAUCCCCGUCUUCGCCGUCCUCUUCCUCUCCUGGCGCGCUGCCUACAAUAUCGGCAUAGGAUGGCUUCUGCACAUGCAGUCAAACCACUCGACCAUGGUCCUCUGGGCCCGCAAGACCAAGAUAUUCGUCAACCCCUCCACCGGCCAGAAUCCGCAUCCAAAACUAUACAGCUUCAUCAAACGCGAGCUCGAGACGAAGAUACCGGAAGACUACUCGUUUGAAGAUGCCCCGAUCGAAUACAACACCUGGCUGGUCUUCAGGAGGGUCGUCGACCUGAUUCUCAUGUGCGACUUUACCUCUUACUGCCUGUUUGCGAUCGCAUGUGGCGGGCGCCCUGCCGAAGAGAACUUUAUGGUCAUGACCCUUCGAUGGAUCGUCGGGAUGGGUCUCGUGCUGUUCAAUCUGUGGGUGAAGCUGGAUGCGCAUCGUGUCGUCAAGGAUUUCGCCUGGUACUGGGGUGAUUUCUUCUACUUGGUCGACCAGGAAUUGACUUUUGAUGGAGUGUUUGAGAUGGCACCGCAUCCCAUGUACUCUGUCGGUUAUGCUGGAUAUUACGGAAUCUCGCUCAUGGCAGCGAGCUACAAGGUGCUGUUCAUCUCUAUUCUCGCACACGCUGCGCAAUUUGCCUUCCUCGUACUGGUUGAGAACCCGCAUAUCGAAAAGACGUACAAUGCGCCUCCGCCGCGCAAGAGACUCGUUGAAUCCCACGCUGUCUCCGGUGAUGAAAAGUCAAGCCGUCGUCCAUCGGACAGCAGCGACACGACCCCGUCUCCAUCGCCAGUUACCUUGCCAUCGGCAACCCAUAACCUCGUGGGCGUCAAGAACCUCGACCUCCACCGCAUCACGGAUUCGUCGAUCAUCCUCAUUCAACUACUCUUCUUCGCACUCGCUAUGCUCACCCCGUCAACACCUAUAUAUCAAUUCUUCUUCGUCCUAAACGCUGCAAUCUGGCGACUCUGGUACUCCGUUGGAAUAGGCUAUAUUCUCAACCGCCAAUCCCACCGUCGAGCAUGGACCCGGCAUUUCGUCAAGUUCGGAGAGACCAAGGACGAAGCAUGGAACCAGUGGAAAGGUACAUAUCAUCUUAGCAUGACGUUGUGUUAUGCCAGCUUCAUCGCCGCCGCUUGGAAGAUGUACACCCUGCCCGAAAACUGGGGGUACGGUCUUGCUAUCCUAAAACACGUCCUGGGUGCAGGCCUGAUCGCACUGCAGAUCUGGACGUCGGUGAGCAUCUACGAAUCCCUAGGCGAAUUUGGCUGGUUCUUCGGUGACUUCUUCUUCGACGAGGCUCCCAAGUUGACGUAUAGCGGCAUCUAUCGAUUCCUAAACAACCCCGAGCGCGUCCUUGGUUUAGCAGGCGUCUGGGGCGCUGCGUUGAUCACCAGUAGUCGCGCCAUGAUCUUCCUCGCCCUAUUAAGUCAUACUCUAGGAAUCGCAUUCAUUCAACUGGUAGAGCGCCCUCACAUGCAGAAACUGUAUGGCCGCGGACUCCGACAGGACGCUGGGUUGGUACGUAGCAUCAAACGGUCGCUUCCGCCUUCGUUCAAACAACUGCACGGCAGCGUUGAUCGGAUCCUGGAUGAAUCAAUUGAGUUUGUCGAGGAGGUGCUUGACACCGCGCGCCCAAAGCUUGCCGCCGGCGUCACCACCUUUGUCAAGGAUACCAGUGAGCUAUUCCACAAAUAUCCCGCUCGCAUCACCAUCACUCGUCUUGAGCCCGAUCUUGCCGGCUACGAUAUGAACGACUACUCCCUCUGCGUUGACGGAAACGACUGUAUCGCCCAACCCGACGACGUAGAACACAAGUCCGAAGUCUUGGUUCUCGAAUACGGUUCUCCUAUCAAAGUUACCUGGACCGCGCCAUUGAACCAUAGCAAAAAGGACUGGGUCGGAUUAUACAUGAUUGGCCAAAAUUCAUCUCGCGAAGUCACCAAGGUCUCCUCCUGGGGUCGCUGGGUAGCUACCAAUGAAGGCUCAUUCGAUUCUCUCGUCAGUGAAAAGGGACUGAUUACCAGUGACGCCGUCGUUUCAAAACCCGACUCGUCCAAAAAGUCCGGCAAGUCAAGUAAAUCCAAUUCCCAUGAAGUGGCAUCCGGCCAGAUGGUGUUUGCCGGCGACAAGCUAUGGUGGACCCAGGGCGUGUUCGAAUUCCGCUACCACCAUAACGGCAAGCACAAUGUUAUGACUACCUCAAGGCCCUUCGAGAUCCGUAUUCCCAAGUUCGACGACGACCAAGUGCCCAGCCAGAUUCCUAGCGCUGGUAUUACUGGCGCUGGCCCACAUGGAUAUAUGACCACGGCAAUUGAAACGGCGUUGUUGCCUAUCGUGCAGAACUGCUUUGAUAGAGAUCCGGACAUCUCGCCGCAGACUGUCGAGGAGCCGUUCGGAUGGGAGGCAGAGAGCGACUCCAAGUUUGGAAUUGAAUUCGCGACUGAGGUUGUCAGGGCCGAUGGGAAUGUCCGAAACCUCGCGUGGAGAAUAUGCAAUGCAAAGAAAGUAUUGGCUCCAUAUAGCAUGACCAGAGCCAAUGGCGCCGCUACUCCAACUCGCGAAACCGAAACCGAAGAGAUGAAAUAG